AUGUACACCCGGGAAGAGGCCGAGGCGCUGAAGAAGCGCAACUAUCACAGAAUCCGGGAGAUGAUACGACUCUCCUAUACGGUGGGCUUCAACCUGAUGGAUCCCUCCCGAUGUGGGCAGAUUCUACAAAUUUGGACUAUUGUGUUGAGCCUGAGCAGCGUGGCUUCACUUUACGGGCAUUGGCAUAUGUUUCGCAGAUAUAUUCAGGAUGUUCCUCGAAUUGUAGAGACUGUAAGCACCGCCUUUGCAUUUCUCACCUCUAUUGCGAAAAUGUGGUAUUUCCUCUAUGCUCAUCAGCAAAUGUACGAUUUGUUGAGAAGAGCGAGGACUCAUGAGAUUCUCCAGAAAUGCGAAUUGUUCGAAAGGAUGUCCGAUCUUCCUAUUGCUAAGGUGCUACGCCAAAAGGUGGAGACUACUAUGGAUCGGUAUUGGGCCAGUAUCCGGCGGCAACUAUUGGUUUAUUUGUAUAGUUGCAUUUGCCUUUCAUCGAACUAUUUUAUUAGCUCCUUUGUCAGUAAUCUCUAUAAAUACUUUACACUUCCCCAGGGAUCAUACGACAUUGUGCUGCCUCUACCGUCACUCUAUCCGGGUUGGGAGAGAAAAGGCCUGUCCUUUCCGUAUUACCACAUACAAUUUUACCUAGAAUCCUGUUCUUUGUAUAUAUGUGGAAUGUGUGCCGUCAGCUUCGAUGGUGUCUUUAUAGUCCUGUGCCUACACAGCGUGGGUUUGAUGGAGUCCCUCAACCAAAUGGUUCAGAACUCCACAUCGGAGCUUGUUCCUCCAGAACGAAGGCUGGAAUACCUGCGUUGCUGUAUCUUUCAGUACCAAAGAGUGGCCAGCUUUGCCGCUGAAAUCAACGACUGUUUCCGACACAUCACCUUCUCGCAAUUCAUGCUUAGUCUUUUCGGCUGGGGCCUGGCAUUGUUUCAAUUGAGUGUUGGAUUUGGCACCAACAGCAGCAUCACCAUGAUCCGGAUGACCAUGUACCUGGUGGCGGCUGGAUAUCAAAUAGUUGUCUACUGCUACAAUGGCCAGCGAUUUACCUCCGCUAGCGAACAGAUUGGCCAGGCCUUCUAUGAGUGCGAGUGGUGGGCGGAGUCACGGGAGUUCCGCCAGCUCAUCCGGAUGAUGCUGAUGCGCACGAACCGCGGCUUCAGGCUGGACGUGUCCUGGUUCAUGCAAAUGUCCCUGCCCACGCUGAUGUCGAUGGUCCGGACAAGUGGACAGUACUUCCUGUUGCUCCAAAAUGUCACCCAGAAAUAG